AUGUCGCGUCGCAACAGCUCGCAGCGACACGCACCGUGCAACAUUGGGAAACAGUUAAGGAAAGCGCACGGUGCAGCGAACGUUCUCUCAAGGUCAAUUCGAAAAAACAAAAGUGGCGCUGAAACUGGACAAAGCGCGACAAUUGCCAGCGAGGGAACAGCGAUGGGAUGUCGCUUCGAAACGGCAGCUGGUCAAAAAAUGGUCAUUGCGACAGAAAUGUGUUUUCGGCGACAUCACACGCGAUUCGACUUGCACAGUGCAAAAACAGGCUCGAGAAGGUGA